AUGAGCAGUUCAGGUGCAGAUGUUUUGAACUUCAUGAAAAAUAUUGCAAUUGAUGCAGAUAGCUAUAAUCAUGUGCACGUGACCUCGGGUAGACGGGGAAUCCUCCAACAAACCCUUGCUAGACUAACUAAUGUAAUUCACCCCGAGCCCGGCCACAUCACCGAGUCGGCCUCCAAAUUCAAAAUAUUUUAA